AGUUAAUUUUAUAUUCUUAAUUCUCCUCCAAAUUUUCAAGUACUCCAUUCAACGUUCAGUACCGUUUCACGAUGACGCUCGUCUUGAAGACCUCCGACGGCCAAAUCUUCCAGGUGGAAGAGGCGGUGGCGUUGCAGGCCGGAUUGAUCAAGCUCUUGGUCGAAGACGGAUGCUCCGCCGACGUUAUCCCCCUCCCCAACGUCACCGGCGCCAUCCUCUCCAAGGUCCUCGAGUUCUGCAAGAAGCACGCCCAUGCUUCCGCCGAUGCCGCCGCCGCCGACGCCGAGAAUCUGAAUUCCUGGGACGCCGACUUCGUCGAUGUCGAUUUGGACGUCCUCUACGAUCUCAUCAUGGCUGCGAACUAUUUGGACAUAAAGGAGCUGGUGGACCUGACAUGCGAGACGGUGGCGGAGAUGAUAAAGGGGAAGCAGCCGGAGGAGAUAAGGAAGAUCUUCAAGAUCAAGAACGACUUCUCGCCGGAGGAAGAGGGGGAGAUUCGCCGGGAGAACCAGUGGGCUUUCGACUGAUUUAACUGGCUACUACAACUCUGUCCGUCUCUGGAUAGAAUUUCUUUCUUUUCUUUUCUUUUCUAUUAAUUUCGUAUUGGCUCAUAUUCGUUGCACUAACUGAACUAUAGUUAUUUUUCAAGGCGUGAAAUUUAAAUUUGCUUAGAUUUAUAGAAGCUUGAUGUAAAAUUACAUUGAGUUUGAUAUAAAUCUAUACAAAUUUUAAUCAAAAUUAUAAUAUUCAUGCUUGUAGACAUUAGUUUAGUCAUUGUUUGAUAUUUUGAUUCAUAAUGAAAUUUGUAUGUUACCUAUUUGGUGAA